UUUUAAUGAUUUUUAUUUGUGAACUAACCUGACCGCUUUGAUGUGACGAGUUAGAAAUACGUUUGUUUUUCUAAACUCAUACCUGCACUAUAGAGAUGUAGUUAAAGGCUACGUCUGAAAUUGCGUGACAGUGUGUAUUAAUCAGUUUGUGUUUAUUAUGAUUACAAUCCCGGAUAUACUAUAUCCGCCAUAUUGGCAUUGUCAUGUGACCUUCGACGUUAUCAUAAACACAAAUCUUAAACAAGUUAACAAUUUAUUCGGGUAUUAUUUUUUAAAAAAAGUCUCGUUUAACAAAGGUUUAAUAUUUAAAAAGAGCCGACGCUGUUUGUUUCCUGAGCUCGAGCACCAGUCCCGUUGCAUUAUGGGAUGUUUGACCCGCGCAGUGUGUAUCAGUUCCAUACCGCAAAAUCUCGCCGGAACUAGUAAAUCAUCCGGGUAUUUCUCUGAUACUGAGAAUUCAGAUAUACAAUUCAUACUGCUUUUCUCCUACUAUAUAGUAGAUAAAUAUGCGGUUUCGGACGCAGCCAAUGUUUUUUUUUAAACGAUGAUGGCGGCCUAGCUUAGAAUCUGCGCAGAGCUGACUCCUGUUUACUAGCGUGUUUGUUUAUGAAUAGUUUGAAAAAAAAAUUCUAAUUUGAAAUAAAAUUUCUGUACAGGUCUCGGGUGAGAAAACACACUUAUUAAAAUGAACCUGAUCUAAAUUAACAACUAUCUUAAAAUUAGGACGCAAAACAUUUUUUUUAUUAAUGACUUGUAUUGAAUGUAAUAUUAUAUUAAGUCAUGUUAUAAACUUAUAAAAAUGAGAUGAUGAGUUAUAAGAUUAAAAAUGGGAUCUGUAAUGUGUAAAGUUAUACCCAGUGGUUAUUCGAGCAUAAUACUCUAAAGGUGCAGUUGUGGAUUAUAAAACACCAGACAAACCAUAACUCCAUGUCCUUUUAUGGUAAUGUUUACUAUAAAAACAAUGCGUCCAAAAAUGUAAAUGUACACAACAUUCUACUUUAUCCAAAUGUAUUCCUUCAGCUGGGGCAUGUUUGGAGUCUGAAGUUGUGGUCAGAUGUUCAGACUAAUCACGAGACUCCGCUACCUGAGCCUGUAGAAUAAUAAUAAUAAUAAUAAUAAUAAUAAUAAUAAUAAUAAUAAUAAUAAUAAUGAGCGAUCUUCAUACUCCGAACAUGUCCCAGCUGACGGAGUGCAUUUGUGUUAAAGAUGGCUGGUGUGUGAUGGUUGUAAUGUGAUGCCCACUCCUCACACUGUUCUUCUUUUGUUAAGGAGAAGAAGAGAAGUCAGAAGAUGAAGUCAGAUGACAUUUAUAAUGACCGUUUAAAAAACAAAACAAAAGCAGAGUUGCUUGCUAAUGCUAAUGGUGAUGUGUGAAGCUCCCGUGAUGGUGUGUAGCAUUUAUGGGCAGAGGGACAGGAUGAGGGGAAGAAGGAAGCAGUUGAAGGCAGACACACAUGAAGUGGAAGAAAGAAGAACAGAGGGGGUUGAAGUAAUGACGUUAACGUGAAGUUGUCCACUCUCAGUAAAUAUGAUUGAGUCUCGCUCGGAGUCGAGGAGUGUGAGUCCACGAGGUUCACACAAAUCCCUGGCACACUCGCCCGCUCACUCCAAGCGUGACUCGUGCUCCAAAUCACACUCCCGGUCGUGCUCCAAAUCAGACUCUCGUUCUCAUCGCAGUUCUCGGAGGAGCUACAGUCACUCACGCUCUUGCUCUCGGCGCUGUCGCUCACGCAGCCGCUGCUACAGCAGGGAUUCGCGGCGCCGUCGCUCUCGCAGCUCCUCACACUCCCCCAUGAGCAACCGCCGGCGACAUGUAGGCAACAGGGCGAACCCUGAUCCAAACACGUGUUUAGGAGUGUUUGGGUUGAGUUUGUACACCACAGAGCGAGAUCUGCGGGAGGUCUUCUCAAAGUACGCCCCGCUUACGGACGUGUGCAUCGUCUACGAUCAGCAGUCGCGCCGCUCGCGAGGGUUCGCCUUUGUUUACUUUGAGAACAAAGAGGACUCGCAGGAGGCUAAAGAGAGGGCAAACGGGAUGGAGCUGGAUGGCCGCAGGAUCCGAGUGGACUUCUCCAUCACCAAGAGACCACACACCCCUACUCCGGGGAUCUACAUGGGCCGACCCACAUAUGGAGGUGGAGGUCACAGUCUGAGUCGGCGUCAUGAUUAUUACGAUCGAGGCUAUGAUCGCUAUGACGACCGUGAUUACUACAGCAGAUCGUACAGGAGGAGGUCUCCGUCUCCGUACUACAGCCGUGGUGGAUAUCGCUCACGUUCACGCUCUCGCUCCUACUCCCCCCGUCACUACUAAUCCCCGUCCCGUCUGUGAUGAUGAGGAUGAUGUGUUUAAUGGAGCUGAGAGUGUGGAGUUCAGACGGCUGUAGCCGUGUGUGUGUGUGUGUGUGUGUGUGUGUGUGUGUGUGUGUGUGUGUGUGUGUGUGUGUGUGUUAGUGUGUG